CCCGCGCCUCGUAAAACAGCUCUUAGAUCUGAACAGUUCGAGCAGAACAUCAACAGGCGAGGCAAAGCCUCUCAGGGAAAGAAGAAGGACAAGUAUCCAGUUGGUCCAUGGGUUCUGGGACUGUUCCUAUUCGUGGUCGUGGGAUCUGCGGUGUUCCAAAUUAUAGCAGCAGCUCAGCGUGGCGGCUUUUUCUAA